CCCGAAUAUGUUUGGAAAAAUCGAAGUUCCAAAAGCGAAGCCAAGAACUCGUCCUCGCCCUGUGAUGGUCGAUUAUAAAUUACCAACACCUACGCCGUAUACAUGGGGCCACGCUUACAGGAUUAAUACCAUCGACCAGAAGGGAAGAGACUAGUGUACUGAGGCCAAGUAGCAUGGGAUGGCAUCAAAUUGAAUGAUUGUUUCCCAAGCCACUCAACCUUUUAGCUGUGCUUCCACUCUCAUACAGAAAUUCAGCCGUGGGAUAGCGAUUGAGAUGGGUCGCGAACCAAACACGGACUAUGAAGUUAAACUACUCCAGUAUAAGCAAAGAAAAGAGGCCGACUACAUUCGUUACAUAGAGCAAGAAAAUCUACAAAGAUCAAAAGACUCGUUCAGCAUGAAGUUCGAGAAGCACUCCCAAAAAAGGCGCUUCCACAGUGAAAUAGAGAAACGUUUGAACGCGAAAAUGCGAGACUACGAAGACGCAAUUGAUAAACGACGAGAAAAGUUAAGGGAGCUGUAUGCCGAAGAGGAAAGGGAUUACAUUAGAGAAACGAUUGAUUGUGCUCAAAGAGGCGGCGAAUCGCAAAUGGAGGAAAUGAAAAGGCGAUCGCAAGAAAUUAUUGCUAAACGGGAAAAUGAACGUCUGCAGCUUGUCAAAGAGAAGAGACUUCAGCAAUAUAUGCAACGUUGUGGGGAUUUACGAACAGCAAUGUCUAAAAAAAAUACAAUUGAGUCCAAAUACGGUCAGCUACAGCAAAUAAGAGAGAAUGAAGCAAAGAGAGAGGCGGAAAGAGAGCUCGACCACUUGUGGCACCAACUAACAAUAAAGGACAUUGAAGCGAAGAGAGAGCGUGAAGUACAAGAGGUGAUUGAUAGAUAUCGGAGGGAUAAAAAUAAUAAAGAAGUUUGGGAUAUCCAAGUCCAUGGCAAGGAGCUUCUUCGAGAGGAAAUGGAGCGGAUUGCUUUAGAAGACCGAGUUGAAUUGGAGAAGCUCGCUGAGGAAAUGAAGAGGGAGGAAAUUGAAAAGCUAAUCGAGAAACGAAAGAAACGAGAGGCGUUCGCCCAAGAGAUUAAGGGUCAGAUAGAGCAGCACGAAAACUUCGUGGGGCAAAGGAAGAAAGAGGAGAACGCUUUGGACAACGCGUUCAAUACGCUCGUUCGGAUGGAGAUUGAAAAAGAAAAAGCUGCGCGCGCCGACUAUUCUGCGACGGCAAAACGCGAAAUGGCGAUGUACAGGGAGAACGUUGCCGAACUGGAGAAACAGCGCAUAGAAGACGAUCGCCAGCUUAACAUGCUACUGGAGGAAUACACCAGAAAUAUCCAGCGCAAACAAGACGAGGCGAAAUGUAGAAUUGAGGCGGCGAAGCGCCAACUACACAAGGAGGUGAUGCAGGGAAUCGCCGAUCAAAUUAAAUACAAGAAGAUGAUCGCCGAAGAGGAAUUAAAGAUGAAGAGAGACGACAAUGAAUUGGCGAGAUAUGCGUACGAGGUUAAUGGGCGGCUUGCGGUAGAAAUGGCGCAGCAGGAGAAAAUGGCGCGUUUGCAGUACAAGGAUGACCUCUUGAAGCAGAUCGACUACAAGAAAGUAUUACAUCAACGAGAGAAAGAGGAAAUAGAACGGCAGCUUGAAGCUGGAAGGAAAGAAGAAGAGAAGUAUCAAAAACUUAUCGAAGAAAUGUGUUCCGGUAAAAUUGAAGAAAAAGGCAAGCAUCCUUUCCGCAGAGUUAUUGAACAAUAUGAUUGCCAUUGUCCUGCAACAACUAAGUGAUGAAA